UGUGGUGGCCUCUCUCACCUAAUAUCGUCCUCGGAUGCUUGGUUUAGGGGACAACCUCUUCUACAAAGCAUCUGUGUGUUGUGAUGCAACUUUCACUUUAUUCGGAUCCAAUUGUGUACACUUGGAUAUCAGAACACACACAUUGGGAAUCGCGUGAAAUGUAUUUGUGAAUUUUGAAACGCCAUAGCCUAUAUAGCUGUCCGUUCAGUGUUUGCGCUAAAAAAAAAAAAAACGUUAUUCCUACACAGUCCUAUCUCUACAUGGGAAACAUAGUGGUUCGUACCGAGCCAUAAACAAUCCCAGUCAAUCAACACGGUGCUUCAGGAGAACGGGAGUAAGGGGUGUAAUUUGACUGGGUGUUGAACACAAAUAUCAACAACCUUUUGCGAAUUAGAUUAUUUAGAUAUUUUCUACGAUUCAUUCAUCUUUGACAACUUUUGUCCUUAACUACAAAUACGAAUAGUGGUUAAGGACAAAAGUUGACUAAUAGUUAUACUACUACUACUACUAACACUGAAACUAUAGUAAAUUAAAACGAAAUAAAAUGAGUCCAUGAAAUAAACGAAUCUGAAAUUUAAAAAAAAUAUGUGAAACUACCUAAAACAAAACAGAAAUUAAGAUUGAAUACAAACAUAUGAUCAAAUACAAUAUGAAUAUCUAAAAAAAAAAAUGGGUCCACAGGAGGAAACGUUAGCAUCACUUCUAUUCGGUCAUCAGUUUCUUUUUCCUGCCAGCCACAUUGCCCCCUCCCUUCACACUUUACAUGUAGGCUACGUCCCCCGCCCGCUUCACUGGCAGUUGCAGCUUAUGGCCACGUCUCAAAGCUAUUCUUUGUAAACUUUUGGAGGAGCUGGGCAAUGACGAUGUAUUUCUGAGCCGUGUUUGUACUUGUUCAUACGGCACUAGUUAUUUUUUGUUCGUUCCAAAGGACGCGCAAUACCCAAGGUAGGAAGGCAUUCCCUCACAAUGCUGCGUCUCCGACUGCCCACACCAGCCCUGGUCACCCUACUGCUCCUGCAGGUCAUCACCAUGGUAGUAAUGUUCGGCUGGUACCGCCACGGUCUCCCGGCAAGCACCUCCUCGCCGGCACAGGGCAAGGUCCAUGUGCUGCUGCUGUCGUCGUGGCGAUCCGGCUCGUCCUUCCUGGGCCAGGUGUUUAGCCAGCACCCGUCCGUCUUCUACUUGAUGGAGCCGGCAUGGCACGUGUGGGUUACGCUCCGCAUGCCCGGGGCACGGGGGCUGCGCAUGGCCGUGCGCGACUCACUGCACCAGGUGCUGCGGUGCGACCUGUCCGUCAUGGACUCCUACCUGCCGCCCCAGCCUAAUGUGUCGCAGCUGUUCAUGUGGAGCCACAGCCGGGCUCUCUGCUCGCCGCCGGCAUGCCCGCUCACACCACGCAACACCUUCAGCAACGAGACAGAAUGCAAGAAGCGCUGCGACGCUCAGGGCCUGGCCAGGGCCGAGGAGGCCUGCCGGAGCUACUCGCACGUAGUGCUGAAGGAGACGCGUGUCUUUGAGCUGGAGUCACUCUACCCGCUGCUGCGAGACCCGACGCUCGACCUGCGCAUCGUGCACCUGGUGCGGGACCCACGGGCCGUGUGGCGCUCACGUGAUCAGUCGGCCAACGCGCUGGCCCGCGACAACGCGCUGGUCCUGGAGCAAGGAGAGGCCAAGGGCCCAGAGGCGCAGUACCGCGUCAUGCAGGAGGUGUGCCGCAGCCACGUGCGCAUGCAUGAGACGGCACUGCUCAAGCCGCCCGACUUCCUGCGCGGCCGCUACAAGAUGGUGCGCUACGAGGACGUGGUGCGCGACCCGCUCGGCCAGAUCGAUGCCAUCUACCAGUUCACUGGCCUGGAGAUGACGCCGCGGCUGCAGGAGUGGAUCUACCGCAUCACUCAUGGCAAGGGCAAGGGCACCAAGAAGGAGGCCUUCCAGAUCACCUCGCGCAACGCCGAGGACGUGUCGCGCGCCUGGCGGACCACACUUCCCUACGAGAAGGUGCGCCGCAUCCAGGAGAUCUGCAAGGGCGCCAUGUCCCUGCUGGGCUACCGUACAGUGGACAGCGAUAAGGAGCAGCGGCAGCUGGACAUGGACGUGCUAUCGCCACGGGAACCCUUCCAGUUCAGUUGGCUGCCUUCCAAGACCACCAAGCACUCCACUAAAGUCUAACACACUAUGCACAAGGUAUUAGGGUAGCUUCAAGGUUAGCUAACAGUUGCCCAAACAUUUUCCUUGAGCCCCAUGGAGCACAGAAUACAGCUGUGUGCCAUGUGCCAUGGUCAUUCCGUGUGAAAAGACUACCCAACAUCAUCACUGAAGCAGUACUGGCACAUUAUGAUUAUGUGUUGGCCCUCUCUUGUGUAUGUAAUGUAAUUUAUUUGUUGUGGAUGAAUGUGACUGGGACUAGGAUGACCGCUGGAUGAAUGUUUGAAUGCAUUUAAAAUGGACUGAGUGUGAUGGCCCACUGCUGGCAGAGGGCAGGUAUUGAAGGGAAACCCCUAAAAAAGGCAUACAUUUGUGGCCAAAUGCAUUUGUUUUUCACUUGUUUACGAAGCCAUUCUGAUUUUAUAAAAAUCGUCAGUCAGAUUUUUUCAAACCCCCUGCAUUGUCUUCCAUGUUAUGCCAAAUUGGUUGCUACUGUGCAUUAUAUAUUGUUUCAAAACUUCUAUAAAGUUGCGGGCAAUAAUUCUCCCAUAACAAGCUAACAAGGCUUCAGGUAACAUAUUUGUUACCAUUUAAAAAAAAAAAUAGCUUUCCAAAAUAUAUGCUAUGCUAAAAGCAUAAUAUGUUCUUUUAGAAGUCAUUAUGUUUAUCAAACACUUAAAUUACCUUACUUACCUAUGUUUAAGAAUUUUUGACUUUCUGAGUUUCUCAAAAACACUCACUGUCUAUGUGUAUCAUGUGAAAACCUUCAGAGGGCUGCUUUAAGCUUUCCCUGAACAGAACUGACCUGAUGAACUGGUGGCUGUGAGGCACCAGAACAUAUUUUCUGACACCAUGGCAUCCUAAUUUGUGUUGUUACCAUUUUUCAAUUGCUGAAUCUCUUUUAAUUCCUAAUUUAAUUCAAAAUUCAAGGCUCAAAUUUGGCUCAGACUGGCUGGCAAUUAAAUUGCUUAGGUCUGUACUCAGGUCAGUUCCAGACCCGACUCUAAAAAGCAAUGAGAACCAUCUUUCCAUCAUGAUUCAUCUUUGCCAGCCUGGCUGUGCAGCUUUCUAGUGUGUAGCGAGUUGAACAAGGGAUGGUGUGAGCUUUGGAGCAUUGGUAGAGAACAUUUCCAAUUCUGGCCUCUUGCAAGGAGUGUAGACAUCUAGAGCUAUCGUGGCUCACUUUCCAAGUUAACAAAACCAGCAAUGUGAAUGCUCUGCACAGUGUGUCUGUGCAGUAUAGGCUCAUGUUUGUGUCAUUGUCUUUGUGUGUUACAAAAGAGAGAUUGUGAUGAAGGAAAAGGUGUCAAGCAGUCUGUAUGUUUGUGUGUCUUAAGAAAAGAGUUAUAAUUCUGUUUUUAUUAAGUGUGUCUAGAUGGGAUAUGAUUCACAUUUACCAUAAUGGAGGGUUGUUGGUGUAUUUAUUGUCUUUGUCCUAAUCCUUCUAUGUUGUUUUGUUGUGUGGUGGAUUGCGGAAGACUGUAGAUGUCUUAGCAGGGAUAGGCAGGGACAGAUCGGGUCCCAGGGUUGUUUUAAAUCACAUUGAUUUACAGUCUGGGCUAGUGUGUCAGCACAAGCAUCACCCCAGAGGCAAGGCGUGGAGGCCUCUGAAGCUGCCCAGUAAUGGGUGACAUAGAGUACAGGCAUGUGUGCGAGUGCAUGCUAGAGUGUGUGAAGUCGACUGACAGGGUAUGACAAGGUACUGAGCCUCGCCCUUACCGCAGAGGAAGCUGAUAUAUAUAUAUUUGCUUAUAGCUGUUAUAUUUAGGUGUUAAGACUGUUGAGAGCAAUAUUCUGUCGGGCAAAACCCUGUCAAUGUUUCUGCUGAAGGCACUGUGGUAAACGAUUGUUUUAGUUUUACACACAUACACACACACCGGUGUUUGUCAUGGGAACUCUUACGUUAUGUGUACGUUAAUGUGUUUUAACUAACGAAUGUGAGAAGAGGUGGAGUGUGAUGCAUAUUCUGAAGGCGGCCUUCAGUAAAGCUGGUGUUGGUGCAGGAAUGAGUCGUUGGACUGUUGGACUGUGCAGACUGGCGACUCGUUUUGCACAUACUGCCGGCACUUUCCCAGAGGAAUACCUUUGUCCAGCUGAGGUGACACUGUGAAGAUUUAACGUUGGCACGAAGCCAUGAAAAGGACACGUUGCUACAUAAACGACCACUUACAUGGCGUCUCUGGUCCAUGCUCUUUUUCAGUGCAGAAAUGGCAGAAAAUCAUUGUCUUGAAUAAAAAGUGUACUCUUAUCUUGUAUUUGACAGUAAUCAAGCCCAAUCCCUUACUAAUUAAUUCAGUUGAUACUGGUACAGAUCUUGUUUACAGAUGAUUUUAUGACUUAUUGAUUGAUUGAUAUGAUUUAUUUUCAAUAAAUAUUUUACCUGUG